AAAGAAAUUUUCUGGCGCGUUUAUUUGUUUACAAAUAUGAGUCGACUCCAUGGUCGAUUUAGUUGAGAGUGAAUUUUGCCCUAAAUUUAAAAAUUUAUUUUAUGUAUUUUUUUAGUUUAUAACUUGCUCAUCCUUUUUUUUCUUCUUCUAUAUAUCGUUUGUUAUCAUAUUUUAUUCUUAAAAAUGAAUGACUUUCAAUGGAUUGGUAAAAGUACUCCUUCUAAAAGAGGAUUUUCUUAUAAGUCUUUUACUUGUGGUGACGUCAUUUACAACAUUGGCGAUUAUGUUCUGAUACGCAAUGACAACUCUGUUGAUCCUGAAGACAUUUUUAACUGUUUUAUUGCACAAAUCAAGGAUUUAUAUGAGACAGACUCUGUUCAUAAACCUUAUCAAGCUCAUGUGAGAUGGUUUUCUCGAACUUCAGACUUGCCAAUUCAUUGUCAGAAGUCAUUAGAUCAGAUUUAUGAUUUCGAAGUUGUAGAAGAUAAUAGAAAAGGAUGGUCAAAUGUAAUUGAUGCAGAAACCAUUUUUGACAAGUGUGAGAUUGCAUUUUUAAAAUUAUAUGAGGAGCCUCCAAACGACAGCCGGAAUGGGGAAGCCGUUUUCUUUUGCCGUUAUGGAUUUGUGGGCUAUAAACUGAAGCCACUUGAAGAUUCUCGGUUCAUAUGCAAAUCACUAAACAACAAAGAUAUUAAGCCUAGUCGAAAGAAGGAUUUAUAUAUUGCAACGACAACUGGAAGCCCCAUGUACCCCAGAGUUUUAAUCAGAAGAAUCGAUGACAAAAUACUAGCCUGUAAAAAUGAGAACAUCAGGAUCCUCGUUGCGAAGUCUGAUGCAAAAUCAAUAGAGGAUGUCACAGCCAAUCUGGAUGAGUUGACUCUCCUCAGUCCAUCUAAAACCAUGAAGCGCCCGUACAUACACUCACUCACGGUGUCCAGCCAAAACAACGAGAGUGACCAUUCGGACAUGGAUUGUCUCACCAGUGAUGCCGAAAGUCAGCAUGACACAAACUUGAAUAGGAAGUGGAAAAAUAAUAGCUCAAAAGAAUUAUUUGAAAAUAAGACCCCUGUUAGGACUUCAAUUAGAAUUAAAAACUGCACACCCAAAAGAGUGGAAAAUGCUAAAAAUGGCACACCCAAAAGAGUGGAAAAUGCUAAAAAUGGCACGCCCAAAAGAGUGGAUAAUGCUAAAAAUGGCACACCCAAAAGAGUGAAUAAUGCUAAAACUGGCACACCCAAAAAAGUGGAUAGUUCUAAUAAUGGCACAUCCAAUAGAAUGGAUAAUGAUAAAAAAAUCCUAAAGAGUGGAUCGAAAAGAAGCACCAGUCCUAGAAAAAGUAUUGCAAUGGAAUCUUCUCCUAGCAAAAAAGCAAAGACUCCCAGGCGUUUAGAAUUUUCUGUUGCUGAUGAAUACACAAUUACUAGAUCUGGGAGAAAGGUUAAGUCAGUACCACGUUGUGUGAUAAAUGACUCUGAUGAUGAAUCAAAAACUGUGAUGGCAGAUGCGAAGAAAAAGAUAUCCAAGUUUAUCAGAACUACUUAUUCCGAUGAUAGUGAGAGCGCAUAUUCAGUGUCUUCGGAAGAGAGCUCAUCCGAGAAUGAAGACAUUGAAUUUGAAUGUGAGGAAGAGAAGACACCUAAGACAAGGGAGAAGAGGAGUAGAUCGAAAUCAAUUAAGAAUUCUCUUUUGAGGAAAAAGUCCUUGUCUGCCAUGCCUGAUAGAAAGACACCACUCAAAGGGCCUCAGAAUCUUUUAGAAGAAUCUCGAUUAAGAUUACAUGUAUCAGCUGUUCCAAAGUCGCUUCCAUGUCGGGUAGAUGAGUAUUCAGACAUUUAUAGCUUCGUAAAAGGGUGUUUGUGUUCUCAUACUGGAGGGUGUAUGUACAUAUCUGGAGUUCCUGGCACAGGUAAAACGGCUACCGUCCACGAAGUCAUUCGAAAUUUAGAGAAUGAAAAAGAGGAGGGGGAGGUGCCUAUCUUUAAUUUUGUUGAGGUGAAUGGAAUGUGGGUGACUGACCCAUAUCAAUGCUAUGUCAAUAUAUUCAAGGCUCUUACAGGUAAAACAAUAGCCUCUCAGCAGGCAGCGAAUCUCCUAGAAAAACGUUUCACAGAACAGGGACCCAAGAAAGAUGCUGUGAUAUUAUUGGUCGACGAACUUGAUCGAUUAUGGACCAGGAAACAAACUGUCCUUUACAAUAUAUUUGAUUGGCCUUCCAAAAAGCAUUCUAAAUUGAUUGUCUUGGCUAUUGCCAACACAAUGGACUUACCAGAGCGUCUCAUGAUGAAUAGAAUUUCAAGUAGAUUGGGUCUUACUCGAAAAAUAUUUCAACCAUAUAAUUUUAAGCAACUGCAAGAAAUCAUCAUGAGUCGCAUUCAAGAAUUAAAUGUUUUUGACAAGGAUGCAGUUCAAUUAGUGUCUAGAAAAGUGGCAGCUGUGUCCGGUGAUGCAAGGAGGGCUCUUGACAUAUGUCGUCAUGCUACAGAAGUUGCUGAGCGAAGCAAGUCCUCACCAAAAAAGAAGUCUAAAAUUCUGGUUGGUAUGGAUCAUGUGGAUAUUGCCAUUCAACAGAUGUUUUCUUCUCCUGUCAUCUCUGCCAUCAGGUGUGCAUCUAAGUUGGAAAAACUGUUCUUCCAAUGCAUACUUGCAGAUUUUAGUAGAACAGGAUCUGAAGAGACAACACUCCUGAAAGUACUAGAUCUUCUGGAUUCCAGCUGCAGAUUUGAAGGAAUUUUGCCUCCCUCAACUUCUGAAGUCACGCAUGUCUGUGCACGUCUCGUCCACUCAAAUCUCAUUCUGGUGGACAAUUUCCGAAAUGGACUGUACAUGAAAAUCAGACUCAAUGCAAGCCCUGAUGAUGUAAAUACUGCUUUGGUUGGAAAAAAUAUGUGAUUAUAUUUUUAUGUAUCAUGAUGAGAUAUUGGGAAAAGAGAACUAACAAGAUGGACUUUAAGACCAUUAUUUAUAAAUAUUUUAAGGUUUUGUAUUAUAUUGUAUGUAUUAUUUAAUCAUCAUAUUUUAUAAGCAAUCAUCACUACUCUCAGUUAUAUUUAAAGUGUAGGAGAAUAGUUUGUAUUCUCUUAUCGAACAUGAUAGUGCAAAAUCCAUAACUGACGACAUUUAAAAUGUCUUAAAUAAUUUUAAUCAGUAUUUCAAACAAUUUUGCAUGGUAGUUUCUUCAGUUGCUCUCAUUAGUAUUUUCUAAGAAAACUCUUCUUCAAAAUCUUCUUUUGUUUUUAACAAAAAGUUUUUAAUUUGCAUUUUUUUUAACAUAAUGAAUUUCUUUAAAAAUUCAUUUAUUUGAUUUCGUUUUAGAACUACAAUAAAUUAUAUGUAUUUAUUAAUAUAACAUAUGUAUCAUUUUUUUAAAAUGUUCCUUUUUUUUUCUUGCAUUUUUAUGCUGCUAUACAAUAAAUACAAAAAUUGAUUUUAAGUAAUUAUGUAACCUUCAAUUUUAGCUUGAGUUAAUAAAUAUAUAUGCUUCACAAUAAAAAGUUUUUUAUUUUUA